AUGAAGAAGAUUACGAAGCGGUUGCAAGACAUAUCUGAACGGAAAGACAAGUUUGGCUUGAAAGAUACUGGGACGUCUGCUAAGGAAUCGCAAAGUCUACCAAGUUCAGGCGUAUUAGAUGAAAAGCUUGUUGUUGGAAGAGAUGGUGACAAAGGGGAGAUUAUUGAAUUGUUGUCCAGAAAAUACGAGCGUGCAGGUGCUGUCAAUUUUGUUGUAGUUGCUAUAGUUGGCCUGCCAGGAGUUGGGAAGACGACACUUGCUCAACUUGUAUUCAACAACAAAGAUGAUGCCAUGAAGGAGUUUGAGCUCAAGGUUUGGGUAUCUGUGUCCGAUGACUUCGAUGUGGUGCGAGUGACAAAGGCAAUUCUUCAAUCAAUCACAUCCCAACCCGUUCAAGUGGAGGAGUUUAGUAAAAUGCAGCAUGAUUUGAGUGAGCAAUUAAGAGGAAAAAAGUUUUUAAUUGUUUUAGAUGAUAUUUGGGACAAAGAUGACUAUGAUCUAUACGAUCUCUGGAUAAGACUUCAAUCCCCUUUUGGCGUCGGAGCAGGAGGAAGUAAGAUAAUUGUGACAACCCGUGACAGGAAUGUUGCAAAGAUUACGGGAGCCGCUGGAGUUCAUAAUUUGGAGUGUAUGGCAGAUGAUGAUUGUAUGGAAAUAUUUGAGCGACACGCUUUCGGGGAAAUUAAUAACGGAAAACCAGUAAAUUAUGAGGUAAUUCGGACGAAAAUUGUUGGAAAAUGUUGUGGAUUACCAUUAGCUGCAAGAACUCUCGGUGGUCUCUUACGUCGCCAAGAAAAAGAAGAGUGGGGAGAAAUAUUGGACAACAAAUUAUGGAAUCUAGCAGAUAAGAGUGGCCUUCUUCCUGUACUAAAGUUGAGCUAUCACUAUCUUCCAUCACAUUUGAAGAGGUGUUUUGCCUAUUGCUCAAUACUUCCAAAUGACUAUGAAUUUGGGGAGAAGGAGCUCGUACUUUUGUGGAUGGCAGAGGGUUUGAUUCAACAAAAACAUGACGACAAUAAACAAAUGGAGGAUUUAGGCCGCGACUACUUUCGAGAGCUAUUAGCAAGGUCGCUGUUUCAAGAAUCUAGCAAAAACAAUUCACGAUAUGUAAUGCAUGACCUCAUUAAUGAUUUAGCACGAUGGGCAGCAGGUGAAAUAUGUUUUAGAUUGGAAGAUAAGCAAGGUGAUAACUUGCAAAGCACUUGCUUUCGAAGGGCUCGCCAUUCGUCUUUUAUUGCUGGUCAAUUUGAUGGAGUUAUGAGAUUUGAGGACUUUCCAAAAGCUGAACGUUUACGAACAUUCCUGCCACUUUCACUUUCAGAUUCCAGGGGAUGCUACAAAUAUUUGUCUCGUAAGGUUACUUUUGAGUUAUUACCACAGUUGCAAUACUUACGAGUGCUCUCUUUCAAUGGCUACAAAAUAACUGAGAUGCCAAAGUCAAUCGGUGAUUUGAGGUUGUUACAGUAUCUUGACCUAUCCUACACAUUGAUAACCAGUUUGCCCAAAUCAACAAGCACUCUUUACUACUUGCAAACAUUGAUAUUGGAAGGUUGUUAUAAAUUGAAGUCAUUGCCUGCGGACUUGAGCAAUCUAAUUAAGUUGCGCCAUCUCAACAACUCAGGUGCAUAUUCGUUGGAAGGAAUGCCUUCGCAACUAGGUCGAUUGACGAAUCUACAAUCAUUGCCUCUUUUUGUGGUGAGCGAAGGUAGUGAUCAGUCAGGGAUAAGAGAGAUAGGGCCCCUAUUGCAUCUCCGAGGGACAUUGUGCCUCUCAAAAUUGGAGAAUGUGAUUGAUGUUGAGGAUGCCAGGAGGGCCAACUUGAAAUGCAAGGAGAGGCUUGAUUCGUUGGUCCUAGAAUGGUCUCGUUCAAGGGACACAAGAGAAACGGAAUCCACUGUGCUUGGCAUGUUACAGCCUCAUAGAAAGAUCAAGGAGCUCACCAUCAAGAGUUAUGCCGAAAAGAAAUUUUCAUCAUGGGUUGGAGGUUCUUUCUUCUCUAAUAUGGUGCUUGUGCGCUUAGAGGAAAGUAACAAUUGUUUAUCGUUGCCACCUCUCGGACAAUUGCCUCAACUCAAAGAGCUCUAUAUUAGAGGAAUGAAUGCAGUGGAAAGUGUUGGUGCUGAGUUUUAUGGCGAGUGUGUCUUGGCUUUUCCGCUGUUAGAGAUUCUUGAGUUUGUGGAUAUGCAGCAUUGGAAGGUGUGGCUUCCCUUCCAACUGGAUCACGGAAGUGGUGUUUUCCCUUGCGUGGAAAGGCUUUCAAUCAAAAAAUGUUCCAAGUUGGAAGGUAAGCUGCCAGAGAAGCUCGAUUUGUUAGCCAAACUUGAAAUUGUUAAAUGUGAGGAAUUGGUGGUUUCGAUUGCCAACUACAAACAACUUAGUCAAAUAAACAUUGACGGUUGUAAAGUAUUGGUACAUACAGAUGCUAAGGUUGAGUUUGAGUUAUUAGAGUCCUUGUGGCUUUCAAACAUUUCGGAGGUGAUGUCUCUGCAAACAGGGGAAUUGUUGAGGAAGGGAUUAAGCAAGGUUAGAGAUUUGAAGAUCAGUGGAUGUGAGAAGCUGACGUCUUCAUGGAAGAAUGAGGGUAGAUUAUUGCGGCGGUUGACUUGUCUUGGCCGUUUGGAAAUUGAAGACAACUCUCGUCUAGUUGAAGAAUUGGGAGAAGAAGCAGAGGAGUUGCUGCAAUUGCAAAUAUUGGAGUGCAAGCUUGAAUGUCUGGAGUUAAAAAAGUGCGGAAAUCUUUUGAAGCUACCAAAAGGGUUAAAUCAGCUGUCGUCUCUUCAAGAGCUUCGCAUAUACAAAUGUUCAUCUCUAGUUUCUUUUCCAGGUGUUGGUCUGCCACCUUCUCUUAAAAACAUGGAGAUUAUAGAGUGCGAUUCGUUGAUAUAUUUUGCAAAAUUCCAGAUUCCCCAAAAUCUCAGAAGAAUAGGGAUAAGAGGUUGCAAAAGUUUGAAAUCACUAGUAGAUGAGGAGGGUGUUGGUUCUUCUGAUGGUUGUCUUGAGUACUUGGAUAUCCAAGGAUGUAAAUCUCUGACGUCGUUAUCAUUGAGUGGUCAGCUCCUCAAGACACUUAAACACCUCGGGAUAUCUGGUUGUGAACAACUGGAGUUAAUCGCACAGGACGGGUUCUUGUACGACAACACUAAUUACUGUCUUGAAUAUUUUAGGAUAUGGAUAUGUGAAAAUCUGAAAUCCUUACCGGAUGGCUUAUGCCACCUCAGCAAUCUUCAACAGCUACGUAUUUACAAAUGUGGAAGUCUUGUUUCCAUCCCGAGACUGAGUGGGGGGAGAAGACCUUCCAACCUGAGACAUUUGAGCAUCGACUACCGUGAAGGUUUGACUUUUCCUCCCAACCUAACAUCACUUGAUAUUAGGAAGGUAAAGAGCUAUAAGUCAUUGUGGGAGUUGGAAUUGUGGGGGUUGCACAGACUCACCUCUCUUAUAAUGGAUGGUGAAGAAGACCCGGAUACGGUGUCGUUUCCACCCGACAUGGUCCGCAUGGAGACGCUCUUCCCCAAAUCUCUCACUCGACUCAGAAUAGUUGGCUUCCCGAAUCUGAAGAAACUGAGCAGCAAGGGCUUUCAAUUCCUCACCUCCCUUCAAUCUCUGGGGCUCUUCAGUUGUCCAAAGCUAGCAUCCAUUCCAGAGGAGGGUCUGCCUCCUUCACUAGAGGAACUUCGCAUCAUUAGGUGUCCAGUGCUAAAAGAGAGAUGCCAACCAGGAAAAGGACGCUACUGGCACAAAAUAUCCCACAUCCCUUGCAUAGAGAUGGGUGUUAACGAGAUAUGA